AUGGAAAAUGAAGAUGGUAGUUAUAAUCCUAUUGUAGAUGUACACGGGAAUCGAGAGACCAAUGGGGCAGUGGUUUGGGAUACUAGAACUAGUCUGAACACCACGAGGAACAAUCUCUUGAAGGCUGAAAGACUGGCUUGCAUAUGUGCAACCGGAAUCACUCUAUUUGGUGUUAAAGAUUCUAGUUCCACUACAACUCUAUUUGGUGUUAAAGAUUCAAGUUCCACUACAACUCUAUUUGGUGUUAAAGAUUCUAGUUCCACUACAACUCUAUUUGGUGUUAAAGAUUCAAGUUCCACUACAGAAAGUAAUUACUGCCAUAAAAAACUCUAUUUGGUGUUAAAGAUUCAAGUUCCACUACAGAAAACUCUAUUUGGUGUUAAAGAUUCUAGUUCCACUACAACUCUAUUUGGUGUUAAAGAUUCUAGUUCCACUGCAACUCUAUUUGGUGUUAAAGAUUCUAGUUCCACUACAACUCUAUUUGGUGUUAAAGAUUCUAGUUCCACUGCAACUCUAUUUGGUGUUAAAGAUUCUAGUUCCACUACAACUCUAUUUGCUGUUAAAGAUUCUAGUUCCACUGCAACUCUAUUUGGUGUUAAAGAUUCUAGUUCCACUACAACUCUAUUUGGUGUUAAAGAUUCAAGUUCCACUACAGAAAGUAAUUAUUGCCAUAAAAAACUCUAUUUGGUGUUAAAGAUUCAAGUUCCACUACAGAAAACUCUAUUUGGUGUUAAAGAUUCAAGUUCCACUACAACUCUAUUUGGUGUUAAAGAUUCUAGUUCCACUACAACUCUAUUUGGUGUUAAAGAUUCAAGUUCCACUACAGAAAGUAAUUACUGCCAUAAAAAACUCUAUUUGGUGUUAAAGAUUCAAGUUCCACUACAGAAAACUCUAUUUGGUGUUAAAGAUUCUAGUUCCACUACAACUCUAUUUGGUGUUAAAGAUUCUAGUUCCACUACAACUCUAUUUGGUGUUAAAGAUUCUAGUUCCACUACAACUCUAUUUGGUGUUAAAGAUUCUAGUUCCACUACAACUCUAUUUGGUGUUAAAGAUUCUAGUUCCACUACAACUCUAUUUGGUGUUAAAGAUUCUAGUUCCACUACAACUCUAUUUGGUGUUAAAGAUUCUAGUUCCACUACAACUCUAUUUGGUGUUAAAGAUUCUAGUUCCACUACAACUCUAUUUGGUGUUAAAGAUUCAAGUUCCACUACAACUCUAUUUGGUGUUAAAGAUUCUAGUUCCACUACAACUCUAUUUGGUGUUAAAGAUUCUAGUUCCACUACAACUCUAUUUGGUGUUAAAGAUUCUAGUUCCACUACAGUAAAUAAUUAUUGCCAUAAAAAGUAA